CUGUUGCGUGAGCUGGACCAAGGGGAGGCCCCCAGCCCCGCCUCUGUUUGUCCGCUGUCUCCUUCCCCUCCCUGCCACAUCCGCACAGGACCCUCUCGCCCUCCUGUCCACCGAGCCCGAGGGCCUGCGCCAGGCCUGGGCCCGGGAGGCAGCGGGCACCGGUGGGCCCCUGUCCAUACCAGUGUGUUGCCCUUGCCUCUGCUCCAGGCCUGGCCCAGGGACCAGACUCUGCUUGUGCUCCUUACACCUCCCGCCCUGGGCUGGGGCCUCCCACGGUGGCCUGUAGCCCUUCCCUCAGAAGCCUGGCCAGCGAGAGCUCUGGGGGCGCCUCCCAGCCUCUGGCAGGGGAAGAGGGUAACCCUUGGAGUCAGACCCCUCCUCACUGCCACGGGCCCAGCCUCCCUUCCUUCCACCUGCUCCCUCCUCUCAGCGUCCCGGAGAGGCAGGCAAGCAGGAGCUGAGGGCAGAAGGCGGUUUUGGGGUCUCCGUUUUGCCGGCCAUGGUCCCUCUGCCUCCUCGGUCUGGCAAUGGCUCUGUGAGCUCAAGGCUGUGUCCCCUCCCCUGGGCUGCACUGAGCCACGCCGCCACCACUCGGAGACACGGAUCUGUGGAGGGGUGGGGGCACGUCUCCCCCGGCUUGGACGGAACCAUCCCCUUCGCCCUGACCCACAAACGCCGCUGAUGCUCUGCCCGUGCCCAGAUGUGGCUGCUGAGGACCCCACCACGCAAACGUGUCCCCCUUCAGGCAGGGCCAGGCAGGGGCACCCACAGGCUGGCCCUCAGCCCAAGACCACUAGCCCCGCAGCCCCUUGCUGGACUCUCUCCCUGAAGCUUCAGCCCUUACUACUGGCCCCCAGUAGGCCAGCGGUUGGGGGGUAUGGCCCCGAUCUCAUGCACUGGGUCCCUUAAAGUGUGUGUGUCUGUGCGUGUAUGUGUCUAUGCAUUGGCUCUCGGGUGGGGGGGGCUGGUGUGGCCUGGGAGGCCAGAAAGAAGAGGCUUUGCCUCCACUACCCCUGCCAUCACCACCACACUCCUUCCCAGAGAACACACCAUUUGAUGGGACAAGAAAUGGGGGUUGAGUAAAGGCCUGCCAGGGACAGUGAUCCUUGGGAGACGGGGUCUGUGAGUAAAACAGGUUCAAAUGCCCAAGAUGAGGGGUAUCUGUUUAGAAAGAUCCCCAGUACUGCAGGUGCCCCGAGGCCCGCGGGGUAGCAAUGAGCUGGGGUACGUGCACCACACGUCGGUCCCUACUAGGCUGGGGGGCGAUCAGAGCUGCUGAGAAAUGGAAUGGCCCAGCCUGACACCCUCGUCUGAGCCCGGCUGUUCGGACAAGGCCCGAGGACUUGGCCCAGAGGAACGAGGACUCCCUGGCUUCCUUGGUGGAAGGUUUAUGGGUACAGGUUAACUCCUGGGAGCCCCUGAGCCUCCCUCCUUUGAGCAGACCCCCCGUUUUUAGGCACUAGCCAGGACAGAAGAUGUGGUAAUAUCAGCACCAGGGCUGCCUGGGAGGCAGGGGGCGGCUGUGCCCCUCCAAACCCAUGGCCCUGCAGUGUCCAAACCACCUGGACCCCCUCCCAACCCCAUCCUUCCUAACACUGGCAAUAAACCCUCAACUGUGACUCUG